GGGUGAGGAAAAAAGUCAAAGAGAGAGAGAGAGAGAGAGAGAGCAAAUACAUAGUUUCUCCUUGGCAGUAGACUUUAUUUAUGACCUGGGAAGAAGCUUGCACAAUAUGAGGGCCUUGUUGAGCUCAGAGCGUCACAGCAGACAAAAUAAAAAAAACGUCUGGAAGGACCUUUCUACGCGGUGACCUAUGAACAUGAUGAUCGUCAUACACAAGAAGAGGAGUAUAUGAUCAAAUAAUAAACACGCUGUGGAGUUAAGUGGAUGACAAAGCCUUUCCAACCAAGAGAAAACUGACCAAAGGAGCUCAUCAUGAUUUCCACAGCCCUCCACUGGUUAGUUUUGGUGUCUUUCAUAAUCCUGACCAUCGGCGGGAACGUGCUGGUAUGUUUGGCCGUGGGCCUCAGCCGUCGACUGUGGCGCAUCGCUAAUUGUUUUGUGGUGUCGCUGGCGGUGACGGAUCUGCUGAUGGGCCUGCUUGUGCUGCCCUUCUCGGCCACGCUGGAACUACGUGGCGGGAAAUGGCCGCUCGGAGGCACCAUGUGUAACAUCUACAUCUCCCUGGAUGUCAUGCUGUGUGCCGCUUCCAUCUUGAGCCUGUUGGCAAUCAGCGUCGAUCGAUACCUGGCCAUCUCAGCACCCCUCAGCUACUUGUCCAGAAUCACCGCCCCGAGAGUGACAGUGGCCCUUGUUGCCAUCUGGGCCUUGUCGCUGGCGGUGUCCUUUGUGUCCAUCCACCUGGGCUGGAACACGGCGGACUACAGAGUGCAGCACCUGGACUGGCACGCCAGCGAAGAGGACAAAGAGGGACGUUACUGCCAGUUUGAAUGGAAUAACAAUUACAUCAUUUUUUAUGUCCUGUGCUCAUUUUAUUUGCCAAUGCUGAUUAUUUGUGGGAUGUACCUUUGCAUUUUCAGAGUGGCACGACAACAGGUGCAACGAAUACGUGCCGCCACGCCGUCAUUCGCCCGCACGGCGUCAACCGCAGCCAUAGCCAGAGAGCACAAAGCUACCAUCACGCUGGCCGCUGUGCUGGGAGCCUUCGUCAUCUGCUGGUUCCCGUACUUCACCUUCUUUACCUGCACAGGCAUCAAGGAACACAUGAACCCCCCGACCACGCUUCACUCUGUUCUCCUGUGGCUAGGCUACUUCAACUCGCUCCUGAACCCCAUCCUCUACCCCGCCUUGAAUAGGGACUUUCGUAAGGCAUACGCAGAGCUGCUUUUCUACAAGGGAUCGUCACGCAGAAAACUGCGAGUGUACAAAAGAUCAACCCUCUCUGAUGGACAACGGCUUUCUCAAGUGUCUGCGGAGCACAAAAACACAGUUAAGGAGACUGAGAUGAACAAUUUAAAUAUGCAAAAUCACUAAAUUGGUAUUCUUAAUGAGUCACGGUGGAUAAACUAACAAUUAUGUAUCUGCUUAUUGCAACUUUUCCCAAACUCGGGGUCAUGGCUGGGUUUUUUUUUAUGCCAAGUAGGCACACAAUUUGUUCCAUUAAAGUCUCUUGUGUUCCUCCUGUCCCACCGCGGUGAGAGAUGUCUUUUCUAGGUUUCUUCUGUCUUGUGAAUUGCAUGUUUUACUUUGAAAAGUAACUCCUCUCUUGUCAGAUCACUUGCCCUUCCUUUUGUGUCAUCAGUCUGACGUCAUCCCUGAACCCUGAUUGUUUCCACCUGUUUCCCAUCACCCUCAUGUGUCUUAUAAGCCCACGCCGCCCCUUGAUCUGUGCCACAUUGUGUCGUGUAUUCGUGUCUCUCUAGCUUCCAUGUCCAUGCCUUGCCUUGCCUUGCCUCGUCUUGUGUUUAUAUUCCUUGAUUCUGAAUUCCUUCGUUGCUAUUUUGAGUUUUCCUUUUUUCCUCCUCAGCAGAGUGAUUUUUUGUUAUUUGUUUUUUUCAGCCGAAGUGGUGAGUUAUCAGUUUUUUGUUACAACUCAUUCUUUCCUCAAAUUUUUGAGUGACAUUUUUUUGUUAAACUUUAUUAGAUUAGAUAAGUGUAGAAUUUGUUCAUAGCCAUUGUUUCUUCCUCCUGUUGGAGCGUUUUGUGUUAAUACCUUUUAUAGCUUAUACGGCGCCAAUUAUAGUUUGUCUUUGUUUUUGUGUUUUCCUCCUUUCGGAGUGAUUUUCGGUUGUUCCUAUUUUUUGGAACCUUUUUCGCCGACAAGUUUUUGUUAAUAUAGAUGUUGUAUUACCCUGACUCUGGAGGUGAAUGGAAGCUGUCAAAAUAAAAGCCUGUCAAAGUA